CUGGCGAUACUGCAAAUGGCAGCAAUUUUUCAAAAUGAGGUUGCAAUUAAUAUUUAUCCUUCUAAUGUUUGGGAAUUCUAGCGGAUUGAACCUUAAAGAUGUAAUUAAAGGUGACCCAAUAAAAUGGGUGGAAGCUAUUACACGUCCAGCUUACAGCGUAUUGGAAGUUCCAUGGGGCCUGGUUCGAGACAUCUUCCAGGCAGUAAUGACUGAUGGCUAUGAAUCUGUAAUGCCUCUCUUGAUGGAAAACAUCACUCCAUUGCUCAAGUUUGAGGCCCCUAUUCUAGCUGGAGUUGGAUUUGGUCUCCUAUUGGGCAUCUUCCUACCAAUCAUCAUGUUCUUUGUGGCCUGCUGUAGGUGUUGUGGCAAUUGUGGUGGUAAGAUCUCCAUGCAAAAAGCAGAAAAGCAAGGCUCCACUGGGGUGAAAGUCUAUUGGAUCUUGUUAGCAUUGUGUAUGCUUUUCUUGGUCCUUGCUGGGUGUCUGACAUGGUUUGCUAGUGAACAGCUAGGUGCAAGUCCUAAUUACAUUGGAGAAGCUAUCAAGGCCACUGUUGAUGAAAUAGAUCAAUACAAGGACCAGUUCAUUCUGGAUGUGUUUACAUUAGUCAAUGUGGAUUUGAAUUCAACAAUAAAUGACAUCCUCAAUGAUUUAAAUGAUGUUGGCACCCUUAUAAGUACACCUCUGAUGAAUGAUAUCAACCCUCAGUGGGAUGAAAUAUUGACCUCACUGAAUGGAAUCGACACAGUUAUUACCACAAUUGAUGGCUUCAAGAACUCACUAACCACCACUGGGAUCAGUCUAACCAACAUUGCCUCUGUGGUAGCUGAUGAUAUAACAAUGCUGGCAGCCAACCUGACAAGUAUUAAAGCAGCAUGCACAGGAGAACCCUUUUGUGGAUCAUUGCCUGAUGGAACCAUACUUCCUGAUCCAUCCGUCUUCACUUCAAUGCCAGACAUCAAUGCUACAGUUGAUGCAGCUGGAGUAGAUGUGAACAUCACUGAGAUAACAGAAGCAGCCACUUUAGCAAUUAACAUGGUACCUGAUAUGAUUAACACGUCUACAUAUGCACUUCUACAAGAAUUUGUGCCAGUGAUAGUAAAUGCUUCAGCCAUGAUUGACCCUCAUCUUGAAAUGCUGAACAUUACACUCAACUCGCUGUUGACACCAGAGUCGAAAGAUAUGAUGAAGGACAUGAUUGACACAACCCUUGCCCCGAUAGAUGACUAUCAACCCUACAGAGUCUAUGCUACAUAUGGUUUAAUUGGACUACAAAUUAUACCUGUUUUAUUCACCUUCUUUGGUUUGAUAUUCUGUUGCUGUGGUUACAAGAAAAAGCCAAUCCAGCGGAAGGGAUGUCCACCUGCCACCAGCCGUACUUGUUUUUGCAGCUCUUCUUUGUUUCUGGUGCUAUUCUCUACUGAAUUCUGCCUGGUCUCUGCUCUCCUCUUCAUGAUAGGAUCUAACUUUACUAUCAUCUGUGCCCCUUUACAGGAUCUAACAGUCAUGGAUGAGAUUAUUGAUAACCCAGAUGUAUGGGGUGGUGUGCCUUAUCUUCAGAAGAUGUUAUCUGGCUUUUUGGAUAACUCCACUACAUGGGUCCCUAAGCUUGGAGAUAUUUUGAGAAACUGUAGGUCCAACCAGGCAGUGUACACAGCGUUUGGUGCCUCUGCAAUAUUUGACCUACGCACAAUGGUAAACAUAUCACAGCUUCUGGGAGAUAACUUUAAUAUAUCAAGUGCUGAGCCAGUCAUAAGUGAUACCAUUAGUGGCCUUAGUGUCAUUGACGCCAACACAUUAUCAACAGUGGAGUCAUUAUCCAACACUUCAAUGGCCUUUGACGUCUCUGCUAUAACAGAUUUGCUGCAUACUGCACAUUCUAAUAUGACAUUUGGCGCAAUGGCUGACACUUUAGAAGCAGCAGGAGCAGCUACAGGGAAUGCUAGUUACAUUGCUGCCUAUGGGGAGUUAGCUGACUACCUCGACGCUAUGGACUCUCACAGCUCAAACUUUCUCCUACAUACUAACAACCUCGAGGCAACACUGUUGAACCUGAACUCAUCUCUGGGAUCUUUACAAGCACAAGCUGGGCAGUUGUUUAAUCAGCUGCAAAACCUAAAUGUAACAAUCCAAGCCAACGCUAGUACUAACAUGCUACAGGGUGUUCAGUAUUUUGUGGAUAAGAUUAUUGACCAUCCACUUAGAUUCAUGGAUCUUGUUAUGCUGUCUUUGGAUACAACCAUAGGACGUUGUAGACCACUCUAUAACAUAUAUGGCAAUGUAGUGGUCGAUGGAGUGUGUGGGCAUUUCCUAAAUGGAUUGAAUGCCUUUUGGUUGUCCCUUGGCCUCCAUGUGUUUUUUGGUGUCCUAUUCAUGAAUAUAUUUAAUAUUAAGAUCCUCAAAUACCUCAAGCGACCAUUUGAUUGGCGUAAAUAUGACAAGGACAUGAAUCUGACAAGGAACAACAACAACUCACGAUUUAUGCCACCACCUUUAAUACCCAAUUACUUUGGAGAGGACCUAUACUGGGAGUUAGAGGAAACACUCAAAUUGAAUUUGGAUCCAAGACUCGUAGAUGAUGAAGAGAAUGAAAAUAGUAUGCCAACUGAAGAAAACAAAGAAGAGCGACGUGAAAUAGAGAACAAUCAACAAAAUGAAGAAAUGGAAACUCCGUUAUAAAAUCCGCAACUUUCCUAAAUAAACACUGCAAAUUCCUUUAAUUUGGCACCAUUUAUUUAACUUUCAAUUAAUGAGAUAUAAGCAACAAUUUGUCUGGACAGAAUUUUAUAAAAAUCCCUCAAAAUGAAGUAUAAUAAGAUUUUGAAAUGGCUUUUGACAGUCAUCAGUAUUGGUUGUUUUUUCAAUACAAUAUUUAAAAAUGUACAUAUAGUUUUAUUUACAAACAGUAAUAUUUAAUAGGCAAUUAGUUUUGUAAAGGUUGUGCAAAAGAAAAACU